AUGUCGGAUCCAAAACGGCCAUCUUUUAGAGCCUUUAUCAGGCGCCCCAACCCUGGAAAAGGAAACGAAUCAAGCAGUGACUCUAUGGGCACUCCUGCAAGCACGCCACCCGUUUCUCAAGACAGAUUACCGGCUGAUUUGCCGUCUGCAUCAGCAUCGUCGAUGUCCGUACCUUCAGUGAAUGUCGCAGUUACCAAAAAUCCUCUACCAGAAAAUGUCUCGGUUGGAUGUUCAGCCUUGAUGGCUGAACAUGGCGAUACCAUAUCGACAACUGAUUAUGAAUGCAAAGAUCAGCAAGUACGGUUCCAGCAACUUUGGAAGGAGGCAAUUGAUAAUGCCAAAGCAUCGAAAGACGGUGGAAAGUUGUCAGAAGUCAUUCGAGUUCAGGAACAAGCUUCGGUAGAGGAUGCUGAAAUUACCCUGCCAGCCUUGAUAAAAAGACUGGAGACUGAAAUGAAGCGCUUUGACACACGGAAAAGGUUGGCUGAAGCGAUGGAAAGGAUUGUCCCGCAUCUCAAUCGAUUCGCUGUUGUUGGUGAUAUCGCUGUUAGCACGAAUCCCAACCCCGCUGCCCUCCCAUGGGCCGCUGUACGCUUCCUUCUUCUGAAUCUUACUGCUGGGGAAGAGAUCAGAGGCAAGGUUGUUGAAGGCAUCGCCGAAAUCACUGUUCAAGUCUUUGAAUGCAGCGUUUACCACGAGCUUUACCUAGCUUCGCCGGCUUCCACAGACCUUCCUAUCAAUACAACCCUACGUCAGACAAUUAUCGAUGCGCUGUCUCACUGUGUAAGGUUUCUUAGAUUUGCUCUCCGUCGCCAACAAGCAGCAGCAAAGGCUUUCACAGAUGUCUUUCGCCUAGAGGAUUUUACUGGAUAUUUGAAAGACCUCCUUGUUUCGAAAGACAGGCUACAUGAUGCUAGUUCACUAUGUGAAAUGCAUCAUAGCUCCCAAAGCCGAGAUCAACUCAGGUCUUUGCAUGAUUUAAUGGUCGAUAUGAGGCUAGAGUCCAGUGAAAGGGAGGAAGAAAAGGUCCAGUCGCAGCUGAGAGAUCUUCUUAUCGAUCCCAAAGAUUGCUUCGAUCAUAUUUAUCAUCAACACGACUCUUUCUGUCUUGAGGGAACGCGAGUACAGGUUCUUGAUGACAUAGAACAAUGGGCUCACAAUCCCUCAAGUCCGACCAUCUGUUGGCUUCCAGGUCUUGCUGGUACAGGCAAGAGCACAAUUUCUCGUACUAUUUCUCGAAACCUAAAAACCAAAAGCCUCGGCGCCAGCUUUUUCUUCAAGAAAGGUGCAGGCAAUCGAGGAAAUGGCCGACAUUUGUUCUCUAUACUGGCAUAUCAACUCGCCUUACACCUCCCUCCCAUCCUUCCCCAUAUCUUGGAUGCUGUGAAGGAGGAUCAUUCGCUAACCAUGGCACCUAUUCAAAUCCAGUGGCAGAAGCUCAUCCUAAACCCACUUGUCAAAUUGCAAGACGAGGGGCUUACCAAACCUAUUGUUUUCGUUCUUGAUGCGUUAGAUGAAUGUGACGAACAAGACCGCGGAGAGAUCUUUCAGCUUGAUAUUAUGGGUCACUUUGCCAAUGAACCGCUUCACAGAGAAGUCGUGCUUCAUAAACUCCAGGUUGGAACUAUAGAAAGCGACUUCCGUGUUUACCUCCGCCAGGCUAUGGAGAGUUUCGUGGUGGAAUACAAUCGCACUCAUCACCAGAAGCAUCUGCAGUUAUCUUCAGAUUGGCCGGGAGAGGAACGAUUCCAGUUACUGCUUCACAAAGCCCUACCAUUAUUCAUCGCAGCUGCGACUUUUGUGCGCAUGAUCUGUGAUAGACACUGGGCAAAGAGUCCUGAUUAUAAAAUUGACUUAAUCAUCGAUAAGUCAUCGAGAGUCAAUUCUGCGUAUGAGACUCUGUACAAGCCUGUCCUGAGCCUCAUAUUGAGCGGUGCACCUGAUGAAGACCAGGAUGAAGUUAAAAAGCGUUUUGUGGAUAUCAUUGGCUCUCUUGUCUUGCUCGCGAAUCCUCUGUCGAUAUUUCCACUAGCUAAGCUUCUGGGUGUUGAUACAUGGUCUAUAUCCAGCCAGGUCGACCCACUGCGUUCUGUGAUCGAUGUUCCUGAAGACGAUAGCCCUCUCCAGCUACAUCAUCUUUCGUUCCGAGACUACAUCCUUAGUCAAUCUGCUGGGAAUCUACAGGUGAGCGAAACGGAGACACAGGCCAGACUCGCAAGUAGAUGUCUGGGCCUUAUGCGAGGAACAUUGAAGGUUGAUAUCUGUGGACUUUUGUCACCUGGGAAGAGUCACUCAGACAUUGAACCAUCUACUGUCGAUGAGCAUUUGUCCGUAGAGAUCCAGUAUGCAUGUUUGUAUUGGGUUCACCAUUUAAAAUCAACCGGUAGGCGUAUUCAUGACGACGAUGAUGCGUAUAGCUUCCUUCAAAGUUUCUUUACGAACUGGCUUGAGGUUCUAUGUCUCCUCAGAAGGGUUGACGACUCUCUCCGGAUGCUCCAAGAGUUGCAGAGUGUGGUUGAUGAGGCUUCUGGACCACAAGUACUGCAAUACAUCCAAGAUGCAAUACAGUUCAUUCGCUAUUUCCGCGCCGGCAUAGAAGAAACUCCUCUCCAGAUAUACCACUCCGAAACCAUCUUCAGCCCAAGAGCAAGUAUUGCUCCCACUCCACUCGAAGACCGUCACUACCCGGACUAUAUCAUGCAGCCCUCCAACAUAGAUCCCAACUGGCCGCAAAGCCAAACUCUCCAGGUUCUUGAUGAAAGACUCUCACAGAUGGCCUUUCUGCCCGAUAACAAGCUAGCCUCAAUUAGGCACUUGGGAGAACUUAGAAUUUGGGACCAGAGGUCAUGUUCUCGUCUGCACAGCCUAAGCCACGGGUUUAAGCGGGGCGUUAUAACGAUUCUGGCGUGGUACAACAGCAGAAUAAUAGCAGUCGGAUGGCCUGACAUGAUCAAGAUUUGGAAUCUUGACAGUGGUGCAUGCGUUAGGAGUUUCCCCCUAACGCGUUGUUCUGGUACUGAAACUAUCGCAUUCUCUGAUGAUCGCAAGUUUAUUUGCUCGAUCUGCACGCGUGAUCUUGAAUGUAUAGCGUUUAUCCAUAGUCUCGACACAGGGAAAUGUGUUUCUGAAUUUGAGAUACCAGACAAACCCAGUCCUAUACUCUUGUCACCGAAAGGUCAGUGGAUAGCAGCUAUUGCACAGAAAUCUAUGCUUCUUUCAGAGUGGAGUCAUUCCACAAAGCUGUCCUGGACUGUCCUCGGACCUCAACAGGAGCAUGAUGUAGUAAGCUUCUCAAGCGACGGCACAUUGGUCGCUUCACUAUUAUCGACAUCGAAAAUGGUCAAGGUAUGGAGCACAGAGUCAUACGAAUGUCUUCACAUGCUGAAUUUUGAGACACCGAUCGUCCAUGACCAACUGGCUCUCAAUCAAGACUGGUUGGUAAUCAGUCUUGAUAACUAUCGGACUCUCGUCCUUGACAUGAAGACAGGGGCCGUUUCCAAGACCGUGUGCAGUUACUUCAAGGCUGGACCUGUUAUUUCAGACGACGGGACCUUACUCGCGGGCCAGUCGCUGGAAGGAGCCGUCAGGGUAUGGGAUCUUACAUCAAGAACUUUGACGGACAGCACAGCCACCGAACAACCCAUGGGGGUAGAAUUGGUGACCCCUUGUAAGGAUGAUAACACCAUACUCUCUCUUAGCUGGGGAAAAGUCAAGAUCUGGGGUAUGGAGAGUGCAAUCUGCAAAGAAGAACUAGAACCAGAAGUCCACUUGGAGACCCAGACAUUCAUAGCAGCUGCGAGUGGUGCACCGGUAUUUGCCAUAUUGAAAGACACAGCGGUUGAGAUUUGGGACACCAACCCUCUACGUCAUGUCAACACCUUCGAACGGACGUUCAGUUGUCUUGGAGAGCGUUAUUACUGCCUGGCCAUUUCUGCCAACGGUGAACGACUGGCUGUUGGGUCGUCAGAGCCAGGUACAGUUGAGAUCUGGGAUGUGAAAAAUGCAGUUCUUCGGCAAACACUUGAAGUUCCGUUGGCAAACUUUCCUUGUAUCGCUUUUUCACCGGACGCUGCCAAAAUUGCCUACACUCUCUGGGAAACCAUCGAGGUUCGCUGUCUCCCUGGACUCGAAACACUGACUGUUGAAUCUGAGAUUUAUCGCGGAGUGUCAUUCUUACGCACUCUGACUUUUCGUGGUGGACGACUUAUAGGAGUAUAUAUGAACACCCAUGUGCAGGUCUGGGAUGCAUCUACAGGGGAAAGUAUAUUUCUUUUGCAGCCAUCUCCGGAGCUCCCGCUAUCCAACUUGGCGACCAGUUUUCUCAACACUGAUGCGAUUGUUCAAGGUGGUCGGGCUGGCGACGACGUACUGGGAACAUAUUACAUUCAUCAGGACCCUGCUUGGGUUAUGAGGAAAGGUGAGAGGAUCCUCUGGCUGCCACCAGAUUACAGACCCGGGUCCGUAUACAUGUCAGGAACGGCGAUGGUCCUGGGAACUUUUUCUGGGCAUGUAUUAUUCCUGUACCUGAAGGAAUAG